UUUCAGUAAAGGGAGGAAGAAGUAUAAACAACUUGGCAUUUUCGUGCCCAGAACCUUCGUUUCAUCGCUCAAAACUUUGAUUCCACGAAAGCGGGAUUCCGAAUUCCGAUCGGUUUUCGAACGAUUUCGAAGGAGGAGGGUUUUAAUCAUCUGAAGCGAAGCGAGGAUGUUCGGAAGAGCUUCGAAGAAGAGCGACAGCAUGCGGUACUAUGAGAUCCUUGGAGUGUCCAAGAACGCGUCGCAGGAUGAUUUGAAGAAGGCCUACAAGAAGGCCGCCAUCAAGAAUCAUCCUGAUAAGGGCGGUGAUCCGGAGAAGUUUAAAGAGUUGGCUCAAGCUUAUGAGGUUCUUAGCAAUCCCGAGAAGCGAGAGAUUUAUGAUCAGUAUGGGGAGGACGCACUUAAAGAAGGAAUGGGCGGUGGAGGUGGUCAUGACCCCUUCGAUAUCUUCCAAUCCUUCUUUGGCGGAAGCCCAUUCGGGGGUGGUGGUAGCAGCAGGGGCAGACGCCAGAGACGGGGAGAGGAUGUGGUAAAACCCCUUAAGGUCUCCCUUGAGGAUCUCUACCUUGGAACUACUAAGAAACUCUCUCUAUCCAGAAAUGUUCUCUGCUCCAAAUGCAAAGGUAAGGGAUCAAAAUCUGGCGAUUCAACGAACUGUUCUGGCUGCCAAGGAACUGGAAUGAAGGUAACAAUCAGGCACCUCGGGCCUUCGAUGAUCCAGCAGAUGCAGCAGCCUUGCAAUGAAUGCAAGGGUACUGGAGAAACAAUCAGCGACAAGGACCGGUGUCCGCAGUGCAAGGGAGAGAAAGUUGUACAAGAAAAGAAGGUUUUGGAAGUGAUUGUAGAGAAGGGUAUGCAGAAUGGACAGAAGAUUAAAUUCCCAGGAGAAGCCGAUGAAGCUCCUGAUUCUGUCACUGGAGAUGUAGUUUUUGUUAUUCAGCAAAAGGAUCACCCAAAAUUCAAGAGGAAGGGAGAUGAUUUGUUUGUGGAGCACACUCUGUCGCUCAUUGAAGCGCUCGGUGGCUUCCAGUUUGCGCUCACGCACUUGGAUGGCAGGCAGCUGCUCAUCAAAACAAACCCUGGAGAAGUUGUAAAGCCUGAUUCAUUCAAGGCCAUUAACGACGAGGGAAUGCCAGUGUACCAGAGGCCAUUCAUGAAAGGGAAGCUCUACAUCCAUUUCAGUGUAGACUUCCCGGAGUCGUUGAGCGCAGAGCAGAUGAAAGCUCUGGAAACUGUGUUGCCAUCAAAACCAUCAUCAUCCAAGCUGACGGACAUGGAGGUGGAUGAAUGUGAGGAGACGACCAUGCACGACGUCAACAUUGAAGAGGAGAUGCGGAGGAAGCAGCAUCAGGCGCAAGGCGAAGCCCACGAAGAAGAUGAAGACAUGCACGGCGGCGGGCCUCAGCGAGUGCAGUGUGCCCAGCAGUGAUCCGUUUUUUAGAUGAAAUUAACGUGAAAUUUGACUCUAAAAAUGGUAGUGUGGGUUGUUUGGGGAUGAAUGGUUGACGAACUCCCAUCUUGUUAAUUGUGGAUUUUGACUGUGCCAAUACUGAUACACAAUAUAUAAAUCAAUCACAUUCUCAUAGUUCGACCGUCAAUAAAGAGAUUA